GAAACUAUAACUAUAUUUCGUAAAUACAAUCUAAAUUUUUGUCACGUUACGUAUUUUCCCUACUAUAAAAUGCACUGAAAAUCAAUCAAUCACCCUUUGUCUAAUCCAAGUAAAUGACCAGACACCUCCACCUCGUACCUCUUCACAAAAAUACCAAGUUCUUGUCACAUUUCCACACUAACAAAACCACCAUCAUCACCAAAUCUGCAACCUUUACUACUACUACAACUACCCCAUGGAAUACCCAUUUAAGAAAUCUCUCAAAAAAUGGUCAACAUUACAAAGCACUCAUUCUUUACCAUCAAAUGCUCCAAUUUGGAAAUACCCCAAAUGCCUUCACUUUCCCUUUUGCUCUCAAAUCUUCAGCUUUUCUUUCCAUUCCCAUCACUGGAAAACAAAUCCAUUGCCAUGUUAUCAAGUUGGGGUGUAAAUAUGAGCCUUUUGUUCAAACAGCUUUGAUCUCCAUGUACUGUAAAUGUAACUUAACUGAACUUGCACGGAAGGUGUUCGAUGAAAUGCCUGAAAGAAAUCUUACUGUUUGUUAUAAUGCUUUGAUUUCUGGGUAUGUUCAGAAUAGUGAUUUCUUAAAUGGGUUUUCGUUGUUUAAUGAAAUGAGGCUGAGAGGAGUGGAGUUUAAUGCGGUUACUAUUUUGGGAUUGGUUCCAGCUUUAACUGAUCCUGAGUGUUUGUUUUUGGGAAUGUGUUUGCAUUGUUUGAAUGUUAAGUGUGGAUUGGAUAAUGAUUUGGCUAUUGCAAACUGUUUGUUGACAAUGUACGUGCGUUGCGCGUGCAUGGAGUUAGCGAGGAAGUUGUUUGAUCACAUACCGGAGAAGGGGUUGAUCACAUGGAACGCGAUGAUCUCAGGAUACGCGCAAAAUGGGUUGGCUGCAGAAGUUUUGGAGCUUUAUCAUGAGAUGGAUUCAUUGCAGGUGAAUCCUGAUGCGGUGACAUUUGUUGGGGUUUUAUCAGCUUGUGCUAAUCUUGGUAAUCAAAUGAUUGGUUUUGAGGUGGAACAAAAAAUUAAGUCCAGUGGUAUGAGGUUUAAUGUAUUCUUGAAGAAUGCUCUAAUAAAUAUGUAUGCCAGAUGUGGCAAUUUGGCGAAAGCUUGGACUAUUUUCGAUGAGAUGCCGGAGAGAAACUUGGUUUCUUGGACAGCAAUAAUAGGGGGGUACGGAAUACACGGGCUCGGAAAAACUGCUGUGGAACUUUUCGAUAAGAUGAUCGAGACUGGCAUUCGACCUGAUGGAACGGUGUUUGUCAGUGUUCUGUCUGCUUGUAGUCAUGCAGGGUUGACUAAAAAGGGCUUAAAUUAUCUUGACUUAAUGAAGAGGGAGUAUGGGUUGAAGCCACGGUCUGAGCACUAUUCUUGUGUUGUGGAUUUAUUAGGUCGUGUUGGUAGACUUGAUGAAGCUCGGAAACUUAUUGAAUCAAUGGAAGUUGAACCCGAUGGUGCUGUAUGGGGUGCUCUUUUGGGUGCUUGCAAGAUCCACAAAAAUGUUGAACUUGCAGAAAUAGCUUUUAAGAAGGUUGUUGAGCUUGAGCCGACAAACAUAGGCUAUUACGUGCUACUUUCCAAUAUCUACACAGAGGCGAAUAAUUCAGAAGGUAUAUUAAGAGUUAGAUUGAUGAUGAGAGAACGAAAGCUCAAAAAGGAUCCAGGUUAUAGCUAUUUUGAGUGUAAAGGGAAAACUCACCUCUUUGUGGCUGGCGAUAGAAGUCAUCCUCAAACAAAAGAGAUAUACAAAAUGUUAAAUAGAUUGGAGCAUGGAGGAGCAAACAAAAAUGAUCAAAAUCAAAAACCUCCUAAUAUAAUGGGUGUGCAUAGUGAACGUUUGGCAAUUGCGUUUGCUCUAUUGAACACUGAAAUAGGGACUGAGAUUCUUGUUAUAAAGAACUUGAGAAUAUGUGGCGACUGUCACUCGUUUGUAAAGCGGGUCAGCAAAAUUGUUGAUCGGUUAUUCGUGGUCAGAGAUGCCACCCGUUUCCACCAUUUUAGAAACGGUACAUGUUCUUGUAACGAUUAUUGGUGACUGGUCAGACUGGUGCAACUUUGCUUUCAUCAAGUCCUCGGGAUCUCAAUUGAACCCAACAUAUGCCUCAUGCAAAGGAUCAUACUAUGUCAAAGGUUUAACCUCUUCUGAGUUGGUCUAUAUAUAAGAAAGCAUGCAUUCACCAGAAAUUGGAAAGUUGAGUGACCAUGAGAUAUGAAUUGUCAAUUGUCGUUACAGAUGAAAGUGGAUAUAGGUUGGUUCCUUGCUACUGGCCCUGAGCAGGAAAGUGAGCUCCUCUCAGGUGGAUCGAGAAUUUGAAGUUUAUGAGUUCCUACAACAAUAGAUAUUUAGUUUUCUUAAUACAUAUACAAAGUCUAGACAAAUACUUUUGGGUUCACGUGAACCCAUAAGUUACGUGGUCGACCCGCCUCCUGGAUACUGUCAACAUUAAUACAAGUUUCUCAGUUGCUUGACUCUA